CUCAUCUCCCCCCUCCCCACAGCGUCCCCCUGCCCGGGGACCUGCCUCCAGCUGAGAAGAAAUACAAACCCCUGAACACUGCCCCCAACGCCACCAAGGAGAUCAAAGUCAAGAUCAUCCCCCCCCAGCCCAUGGAGGGCCUUGGCUUCUUGGAUGCUCUCAACUCCGCUCCCAUCCCUGGCAUCAAGAUCAAGAAGAAGAAGAAGGUUUUGUCCCCUACAGCUGCCAAGCCCAGUCCCUUUGAGGGGAAGCCUCCAGCUGAAGCCAGCUCCACCAAACCCAACUCCCCGGAGCCCAGCGCGGCCUCGGAGCCGCUGGAGUCGGAGCGGCCUGGGACGCCGGUGCCAGCCGUGGAGGUGGCAGAGCCCAUGGAGCCUGGCUCAGCAGAAGCAGGUGGGGACCCCAAAGGCAAUGAGGCCUCCUCAGAAGGUGGCCAACUGACCAAGAAGGGGAGGAAGAAGAAGACUGUGACGUGGCCUGAGGAGGGCAAGCUGAGGGAGUACUUCUACUUUGAGCUGGAUGAGACUGAGAGAGUCAACGUCAACAAGAUCAAGGACUUUGGGGAGGCAGCCAAGCGGGAGAUGCUGCUGGACCGGCACGCCUUCGAGACCGCGCGGCGCCUCAGCCACGACGCCAUGGAGGAGAAGCUGCCCUGGGCCUACCCCAAGCCCCUGGACCUGCCUGCCCCUCUGGUGGUGCCCGGCAGCGGCAGCCGCGAGCGCUUCACCCAGGCCGAGAGGGUCAAGGGCAUCCUGCAGGAGCUCUUCCUUUCCAAGGAGAGUGUUCCUGACAGCCCCCACGAGCCCGAUCCGGAAUCCUACGAGCCGCUGCCGCCCAAACUGAUCCCUCUGGACGAGGAGUGCUCCCCAGAGGAGAUCCCAUUCGGCGAGGAUCCCGGCGGCUCCUCCUCCUCCUCUCCCUGCCCCGAGGGAUCCGGCGGCCUGGGGGGGCCAGGCCCCCCCCCUCCCCCCGGGACCAAACUGCCCCCGGUGCUGGCGAACCUGAUGGGCAGCGUGGGGGCAGGGAAGAGCCCCCAGGGCCCCGCCCCAGCCCCCCCCAUCAACAUGCAGGAGAUCCUCAGCUCCAUCAUGGGCGGUCCCAGCCCGCACAAGGCCGAGGAGCUGCUCAAGCAGCCUGACUACUCCGAGAAGAUCAAGCACCUGCUGGGCAACCUGCAAGGGCCUGGGCCUGGAGGAGUGCCCCACGGCUUGCUGGGCCCAGGCCCCAUGGCCAAUGGCUUCCCCCCAGGCCCCAAGGGCAUGCAGCACUUCCCCCCGGGGGGGCCCAUGCCUGGACCCCACGGAGGCGGCGGGGGGGGUCCCAAUCACCCCCCGGGCCCAGGACUCCCAGGUGGUCCCCGACUCUUAGGCCCCCCCCCCCCACCCCGCGGCGGCGGCGGAGGAGGCGGCAACGACUUUUGGGACGGUCCGGAUGGGGGGGGGGGGGUCCUUACGAGGCGGCCCCCCCCCUCCCCCACCCCACGGCGGCGGCGGCGGCGGCAUGCGCGGGGGGGGCCCCUUCCACCGCCCCCGGGGGCGAAGCGGCGCCGACCCCCACCCCUAUCGCUGCCGCGGAGGAGGAGGAGGAGGAGGAGGGGGUGGGGGGGGACGCAACGGGGGCCCCCCAAAUAGCGGUUCCAGGGGGGGGCCCCCCCUUGGCCACGGCGAGCACGGCAGAGGCCACCCCGGAGACCACCCCCGGGGGCACGGCGGCGGCCACG